AUGGGGAGAAGGGCCCGUAGUGGGGCAGUCGGUUUCGCAGAGUCGCUUCAGAGAAAUGUCUCGCUCUACUUCCCCUUCCUGGCCUACUACCAGAUCUCCUACUACAGGGCAUCGAUCUUCGACCUCUCAGAGGUCGGUUUUUUGGCGAAGUAUGGAUUUCACGCAGACGUGGAGAACGCACUGGGAGCCUCCGUGUCGGCAGCCUCCUUGACCUUGAAGGCCUUGGUUUCUGCAGCCCUCAUCGCCGCAGAUCCCGACGGCAUCUCUCCGCGUUCGAGCUGGUUGCUGGAUGAGCCUGCAGCCUCGUGGCUAGGUUUAAGCUGGCAUCGAGAAGUAGAUGAGUGCUCCCGUCUGGAAACUCCCUUCUGUUGGCCGCUGUUUGGAGCUUUGGGAAUGCUCAGGGACUCGGCUUGGCCAAGCAGCCAAAGUGCAGCGUGCUCCGAGGCCGCGACAUCCUUCUGGAAAGAGCUGCGGGAGGCGCUAAGCUCGCACCAGGCCGUCCCGUUGCUCACUAGCUUGGGGUUGCUCGAAGCCGAAGAAUGUCCCUCCGAUCUUUUGCUGCGUGCGGACGCAAAGUUGGCCGUGGCGGACUGGGCGCGCCGCUCGGCUCUGCAAGAAGGAAGCCUCGUUGACGUGAAGGAGGCAAUCCAAACAGCUCAAGAGCUGACGCAGCGGAUCUUGGGAGGAUCAUCCCUCCUCGGGCUGGAUGAGCUUUCUACGUGGCCGGGCGGCUCGGAGCUCUUUUGGCUCCUGGAUAGGCUUCAGUGUGCGACGGAAGUCAGCAUUCAGCUGCGGAAGGGCCAUGCCUUCAUGGGAGCCGAAAACAUUGGGAUGCGAAGCGACGUGGACAUCACCUACAAGCUGCUGCUGUUCCCCUACCGAGAGCUGGUAUCUGACUUCAUACGUGCCAGACGAGUUCCCUACUGCAACGAGUCCAUUCUGCGUGAGGUGCAGAAGUUGGCGAAGCGCUUGCAGAGUGCCCGGGCUCACAAGGUUCGAGUCAUUGAGGUAGGCGCGAAUCUGGGUGAUUGUUCGAUCUGGACCGCGAAGCGGCUACUUGCAGUACCUACUCUGCGUAGCAUCAAGGUCGUGGCCCUGGAAGCGCUGCCGGAUGCAGCUGCUGUGUUCCAAAAGUCAGUUGAGCAAAACGGCCUGGUUGGGGUGAUCGAGGUCAUUCGCGUAGCCGCGGGAGGUUCCAGGGGCUAUGUUGACCUCAAGGCCAAGCCAAGCAGCUCCAAUUCCUUUACUCUGGUCGACCAGAAAGCAGAAGCAGACCAGGAAGCAGUCCGCGUCCCGAGGGAGCGGCUGGAUGACCUGAUCAGCUUCCGAAGGAUCGAUCUGCUGAUCAGCCAUACAAACGGGCAGGAGCUUGAAGUCCUCCGCGGUGCCCGGCGAUUGCUGCAGCGAUCCCGAGACGUGACGGUGAUUCUUCAGCUGUAUGGCGCCGAAGGAGGCGUGAUUCGUGAUCUCAGCUACGACCCAUAUCGUCCGGUGAAGUGGUUGCUGGACCGUGGCUUCCACAUGGCGCUUGCCCGCAGACCAGGACUGCGCUUGCAGACCGCCGGAAUUCUGCGGCAACACUUGAGCGCAUCGCCGAUCGUGAACGUCAUUGGCAUCCGAAAGCGACGACAUGUGUUGCGGAUUGGGAAAUCUCCUGCCCCCCAGCCGUAUCGGGUCUGUCUCAAUCUCACUGAUGGCGAACGACCGAGCACUUGGGCAGAGGUAGAUGGGCGUGUUCUGAGGGAGAACCUGCAUUUGGUCAGAAUCUACUUGGGUCGAAGCCUUGGUGGCAGGGGAUCUGCAGAUGCCCCGCCCAUCGGCGCAGUUCUCAAAGCCAACGCCUACGGACACGGCGCCGUCCUGGCAGGACGAGUUCUGGCUUCUGCAAAAAUCGAUGCCUUGUUCGUGUCCGAAGUCGAGACCGGGUUGACGUUGCGGUCCUCUCCCGAGGUUCCGAAGUCCAUGGCAAUCGUCCUCUUGUACCGGACGCCCCUUCAGGGAGUGAUUUGUCAGCUUGCAGAGGCGAGCAUCACAGUGUCGGUGCUCUCCAAAGCCUGGCUUGAGGAGGCGCUUCGCUGGCCUCCGUGUGCAUCCAAGCUCAGGCUGCACCUGAUGGUCGACACAGGCCUGGGCAGAGAAGGCGUAAAAGUCCAAGAGGUCGCCGAGGCGACCGCUGCGAUCUUGGCCAACCCGCAUUGGUCUUUGGAGGGUCUCUACACGCACUGGUGCUGCCCGUAUGAUCCGUUGGAUAUGCACCGCUCGCACAUGAUUUUUGCUGAAGCUCUUGCCGCGGUUCGCGAGCGACGUCACAAGUCGGGCUUCCUCGAAAAUCAGCACUUUAUGGUGCACACUUCCAGCAGCUCUGCCGUUCUUCUCGGCGUUCACUACGAUUUACUGCGAGUUGGAGGCCUUCUAUUCGGAGAUCCGGUUUCGAUUGCAGACGGAGCCGGAGGAGCUUUGCAAUUGCCCGGGCCUCACCGAACACUUUUGUGGAAGAGCCGCAUCACUUCCCUUCGCUGGUCGAUUCCUGGGGAGCGAUUCUCCACCUGUUUGGUUGCAGCGGGCUGUGAAGACACCCCUGUGUUUCACAAGCGCGUGCUGCUGGGCGUGAUUCCAGUGGGCGGCAACGAGUUCAGCGAUUCGAACGUCGUAAGCAGCUCUUUUCGCGAGAAGCUGCCGCUUUUGGAGAAAUCGCUGGAUGGUCUUCUCGUUGAGAUCCCGUCGACGACGCGCACUUUCCAGCACGCCUUUGAAGGAAUGGAGGUGCUGCUUUGCGGCGAGAAUUGUGUUCAGGGGCUCUUCAAUGUUCCAGAGCAUGUUCCACGGCUGCUUGUGCAAGACCCGUCGAUCGACAUGAGGGCAUACUGCCCGCCAGUAAUUCUUUCGCAAGAAUCUUAG